UAUCAAAGGUUGUCUCGCAGGCAGCAACUUUCCACCUCUGGUUUGAGACACAGGUCCGUCCAUCAUGGGAAGCGUGAAGGUUGUGGUGGUGGGAGCAGGCGUGAUCGGGUUCUCCACCGCUGUCUGCAUCUCCGAGGCUCUUCCUUCCUGCUCGGUCACUCUGCUGUCGGAGAGGUUCAGCCCGGACACCACCAGUGAUGGAGCCGCAGGGAUCCUGUUUGCUGCAACGUUUCCAGAUGUUCCCUUGGAAAGACAAAGACGCUGGUUCAAGGACAGCUUUGAUCACCUGUUGGCCAUCACUCAAUCCCAACACUCACCAGAGGCCGGAGUAAUGCUGAGCUCUGGCUGGCAAAUUUUCAAAGAGGUUCCAGCAGAUACAUUUCCCUUCUGGUCAGAAUAUGUGAUCGGCUUUCGACUUAUGACUGACCGCGAACUGAGACAGUUCCCAGAUCAUAAGUUUGGCCAGGCGUUCACCACCAUAAAAUGUGAAUGUGCGAGCUACCUGCCGUGGCUGGAGAAGAGGUUCAAAAAAGCAGGAGGUCAAGUGCAGCAGAAGAAAGUCGACAAUCUCCAAGAAUUAAGCAACAGCUACGACAUCAUUGUCAACUGCUCUGGUUUGGGCUCCAAGCUGCUGGUGGGUGACACCCAAGUCUACCCCGUCAGAGGUCAGGUCCUCAAGGUGGAGGCGCCUUGGCUGCAGCACUUCAUCCGAGACGGAGAUGGAAAGACUUACAUCUACCCCGGCAUACACAGCGUCACUGUUGGCGGCACGAGGCAGGAGGGGGACUGGCGACUAGAGGUGGACGAGGGAGACACAAAGAGCAUCCUGGAGCGCUGCGGGAGGCUGGAGCCGUCCAUCAGCGGGGCCAAAGUUCUCAGUGAGUGGGUGGGUCUCCGGCCGAGCAGGAGGAACCCGAGGGUGGAGAGGGAGGUGGUGCAGCUGCAGGGCCGCCAGGUACCAGUGGUCCAUAACUAUGGCCACGGGGGCUGGGGAGUCACUCUGGCCUGGGGCACCGCCCUGGAUGCAAUGAGGCUGGUCAGACAGUGCCUCAGUGAAAAGCCUGCUCGAGCUAAACUGUGAACUGAACGAUGGAAAUCACUGAUAAACAACAUAUCAACUAAUCAAAACUUUGAAAUCUAAAAGUGUAAAUAGAAAUAGAUGUUGAAAAAAAUGAAAUACUUUAAUUCUUUGGAUGGUUAUGAGGGAAUGUAAUAAUUUGAUAAGAGAUUUACUUCAUUCAAAGAAAAAACUUUAUUGUUGUAGAAGUAUGAUUAGCAUUAUAUAUAAAGCUCAAAUAUAAAAUUCUUGAUAAAUUAAUUGCUGAACUGGAAAAUACUGUACAUGCAUUGAUAUGAAAGUGAUGUGAAAUGAAUUUACUUUGCUUCUAAAAACAAAUGUUUGAGUGCAGUUGUUUAACUACUAUACUUUAUACUACAUGUAUAUUGUAAUAGUCUGCCACAGUACUGCUAAUUGUGCCCAACAACAUUAAAAAUUGUAUUUGUACAUAAUUCCUGUCAUUACUUGAAAUUACAAGACACAAGUUUUAACACGUUCCUCUUAAUAACAGUUUGUCUGGAAACUUCUGUUAAUAUUUAUGCUGCUCAUCUGUCGGUCAGUGAAGUUUUCACAGCAGAAGUUUUGACCUCUACCAACUUACUUAAAUUCAAUCAAGCUGCACCAAAUUUCACACACUCAGAUAUC